AUGGCUCCCAACUUGAUGGUACGACAGUCUCGUGAGACACAUUGUCCUGCAGCGCGACGUCGAGAACGCUCAAUUUGGAAGACCUCGCGAAAGUUGUUGCGAACAGGUCUUGCUACUGGCUGUGGCGUGGGUGAUUGCGGCGUGUUGUCUUUGUUGUUGUUGUUGCUGUUCAUGCCUGACUUCACGUCUUUCGAUACUGAGCAUAUAGCAUGGGGAGACGCACACCGUUCACCGCAUCAACAAUACGCAAAGCCCCGCGAGCGGCACGGUGUAAUCUGGACUCACAAUCUAGUCUCCCGUCUCCCCAAAGCGACCAAGCGUUCUGACUACUCUAGCGUCAUCUAUUCCCGAUACGGUCUUGACAGGGGUGGGACAGCCAGCCUUCCUGAGCCAGGCACAGCCGCUUCCUCCUUCCACGGCGGCCAGCACAUGUACGCCGCACCCGGCCUUUUGUUUCUUCACUCUAGGCGACGAUGA